GAACAUUAAUUACGGCCGAAGGAAACAUCAAACCGCACCUGGAAAUCGUCCCAGCACGACAAUCAAUCGAAAGGAGCUUUGGCAGUAUCUUCUUCUGGUAUCAUGGCGGUCUACGCUAUAGAGGGUGCUCGAAUUUUCUGACGAUUCAGUUACCGCUAUUCGAAGUAAUACUUCAAUCAUGGAGUUUAAGCUAGUUUUAGCGGCGGUGUUAGUGCUGGGAGUCGGUGCCGCAGCCGAUUACGUCAGACCUCCGCCUCGUAAAACUCUCUCAUUUCCAUGGAGCAAGAAGCCUUCAUCAAUUCCUGAGCAGGUUCACAUCUCCUUAGCCGGGGCUAAACACAUGCGAAUCUCGUGGGUCACCAGCGACAAAAACUGCCCUUCAAUUGUCGAAUACGGAACAUCGCCCCAAAACUAUAUUGCCACUUCUGAAGGAGAGAGCAAUACUUACAGUUACUUGUUGUACACAUCCGGAAAGAUACACAAUGCAGUGAUUGGUCCAUUAGAACACAACAAAACUUAUUUCUAUAGGUGUGGAGGGGAAGGUCCCGAAUUUCAGCUGAAAACCCCGCCAUCCGAGUUCCCAAUUACUUUUGCAGUGGCAGGAGAUUUAGGCCAAACUGAGUGGACAAAAUCGACUUUGGACCACAUCGAUCAGUGUAAAUAUGAUGUCUACAUGCUUCCUGGAGACCUCUCGUAUGCUGAUUAUGUACAGCGCAGGUGGGACACAUUCGGAGAGCUGGUGCAGCCGCUAGCCAGCGCGAGGCCUUGGAUGGUGACUCAGGGGAACCAUGAGAAGGAACACAUACUAUUGUUGGAAGAGAGUUUUGUUUCAUACAAUUCGAGAUGGAAGAUGCCGUACAGGGAGAGUGGAUCCAGUUCAAAUUUAUAUUAUUCGUUCGAAGUUGCUGGAGUUCAUGUUGUCAUGCUUGGGGCGUACACAGAUUAUGAUGAGCAGUCGGAUCAAUAUACUUGGCUAAAGUCGGAUCUUGCGAAGGUGGACCGUGUAAAGACACCUUGGCUUCUUGCACUCUUCCAUGUGCCGUGGUAUAACAGCAAUAAGGCUCAUCAAUGUGAAGGGGAUGAUAUGAAGGCUGCAAUGGAGCCCUUGCUUCGUGCUGCCGGUGUGGAUGUUGUGAUUGCUGGCCACGUCCAUGCCUAUGAACGCUCGACCCGUGUGCACAGUGGUAGACCAGAUCCUUGCGGACCUGUCCACAUUACCAUUGGCGAUGGCGGUAAUAGAGAAGGUUUAGCACACAGGUACUUGAAUCCUCAGCCGGAGUGGUCGGUGUUCCGGGAAGCAAGCUUCGGACAUGGAGAGUUUAAGAUAGUGAACUCAAGCCAUGCAUUCUGGAGCUGGCACAGGAAUGAUGAUGACGAGCCCGUGAUCUCCGACCAGGUCUGGAUAACGUCGUUGGUGGGAUCGGGUUGCCUACCAGAGAAUAGCCGGAGAAAUCGAGAAUUUUGAUGGUCGAGGUUGUAAUAAUGUUGGAUGAAUGAAUGGUAAUAUAACUAAGGUACUUUUACCAUCCCCCGUUGAUGUGUUUUGGCUUUGUGUUUUUAUCAUUGUCGUUACGUAUAGUUUUCAAUAAAUAUAUAUAUAUAUAUAUAUUA